GCUGCUCAACAAACCUGGCAACAUUAUUCCCCUGCUCGAAACUGAUACCCAGAAGCUGUCAGCAUAAGAGUGGGCAAGGUCGGUCUUAUCCGGUCUUCCUGGGCCAAAUUGCGAGAAGCAUUGCCAGGGCCAGUAGAAGACUAAGAUCACAUUCCAACAUGCCUUCUCUACUGCAGUUUCCAUAUGAUUCAGUUACCAAAUCUCUUCCACAUCCUCCUCCUCUUGGCUCCCCUGUCCCUGCCCAUCGCCAUGCAGUCUCUGUUCAGCUACCGACCUGGCAGGAUAUGCGGGGAAUGGCUGCACAAGAACCGCGUGUUAUUAUGGUACAGCAGAUCGGCUAUCCCAGGUCUUUCCUCAAUCAAGAUGUCGUCAAAGUCAACAAUGCUUGCCUGGCUCUUCUCGGACAAGCAGAAGAGAAGUGCCUGAUAUUCCCAGCCUUGGAUCAUGCAAUAGCUUGCCAGGCCACAAUACACGACCUGUCACCCGAAGUAGCAGGUAGCGUUAGGAUCAGAGCCGUAGACUUCCAGUUGGAUGAAUCCUCGGUGACGGUAGCAAGGGACAACGUCCCAGGAAUCAGCCAAAACAUGCAUGAUGCUGCUCCGCGGCGCUUCUACCUCGUCUUCUUUCCUGCACAAGUCAAUGCUAGCGCCAUGGGUUUCUGGCGGCUCUCUGGAACGGGCAUCUCGUCACGCCUCGCCCAGAGCAUGCACGAACACCUCGACAAGAUAUCUGCCGCGCCUGUAGAUGAGCUGUCGGGGAGCAAUCCAAAUCUCUUCCGCGAACUUGCAGACAUGCAGGCAGACGGUAUGGUGCGCACACGCAUUGUGAAACUGAUCCAGCGCGCAUCUAUUAAUGUCGCUUCAAGCGCACGCUUUGUGCCAUCAGACGUUUUCCUCUAUCCAACCGGCAUGGCCGCCAUCUAUGAGGCCAACAAGCUGCUGCAGAGCUGGCGGCCGACACAGACGGUCGUAUUUGGAUUUCCCUACGAGCUUACCUUGAAACUGGUGCAAAAGUAUGGUCUGGGCUACAAAUUUUAUGGCUUCGGCACUGAGGCCGAACUCGAUGAGUUUGAAGACUACCUUGCCGACGAAUGGCAGCAGCAUCGUAUGGUGCAGUCAGUAUGGUGCGAGUGCGCAUCCAAUCCGCUGCUCAGGACUGUCAACUUCCAGCGUAUUCGACGCCUAGCGGACACAUACGGCUUUGUCGUGGUUGUCGAUGAGACGAUUGGCAGCUUUGCCAACGUCGACCUUGCAGGCAUUGCAGACGUUAUCGUCACGUCUCUCACCAAGAGCUUCAGCGGCAAGGCAAACGUCAUGGCCGGGAGCAUCGUCCUAAAUCCCUCGUCGCCUUACUACACGCCGCUCAAGCAGUCUCUUGACAGCACCUACGUAAACGAACUCUUCGGCGCUGACUCGCGUGUCCUCGAGCACAACAGCCGCAAGUUUCUCGCCCGCUCUACCAUGAUGAACAGGAAUGCGCAGCACCUCGUCUCGGUCCUCAGCCCCCUGGCCGGUACGCUAUCGAGCACGCUCACGCACGUGUACUAUCCGUCAACUUGCUGGUCGCGUGCAAACUACGAAGCGCGCAUGCGCACUGCCACGCCCGACUUUACUCCUGGCUACGGCGGCCUGUUCACGCUCGAGUUUGAGAGCGUCGUGGCAGCAGCGACCUUCUUCGACGCGCUGAACGUGCACAAAGGCCCGUCUUUGGGCGCACACGUGACACUGGCCCAGCCUUACGUGCAAACGGUGUUUAUGCGCGAGAAGGAGUGGGCGGCAUCGUACGGACUGAGCGAGUCCAUUGUGCGCAUCUCUGUGGGUUUGGAGGACGAGCAGGCGCUAGGCUAUGAGUUCAUGCGAGCGCUGCGUCUGGCGGACCGGUUCAAGGCAGGGAGAGAGCUGAAUGGCUAUCUGGAGAGCUUUCUAUAGUUAUUCAAAGAACACCCUCGAAGAAUUGGAAGUUGUUUGAUCAUUGAGAAGGCCAAACACAGUUUAUGUAGUUAGGAGGUCAAGCUCAUGGU